GACCUACUUAUAUGCCAUUCCGGAAUGACUCAAAGGCAAUCCCCCUCGUCGCACGGCAGCGAAAAGACGUGUAUAGACAUUGGGCUGCAACGCGAUAGCCUCUAUUCUACUCGGAUAGGGUGGGUUGCCUCUUUUAGUUGAUUGUAUUGUUAUGAGAACGGGUGUCCUCCUAAAAUCGCCUGCUCGUUAAAUAGAGAGGCCUCUGGCUAGACAGACAAACAAACAGGCGUCGUUUCCUCCAGCCACACUCAGCAGCCGCCCCGGUCGGUUUGAUUAUUCUGAGGCACGUAUGGCCGAGGCUAGGUUCGACCGUGCUAGAGUGCUAUCUGGAGGCAUCAUGGUCGGUGCUGCCAUGCUCCUACCAGCUUUCCAGCACGAAGAGGCCUUUUACCGAUACCUCAUUUUAUGGCUCUUCGGGAUCUCUACACUCGUCCACAAUGCUCUUAUUUGGGAGGCCGUCGUCAAUUACUUUUUCUUGGCCCUGGCUACGACCGUUGCAGUUAUCUUCAUCACGAUACCGCAUUCCAACGUCUCGGUAUCUUUCCUGCUCGGCCGUGCUCCCCUCUUAAUAGCUCUAAUGAGUUUAUUUGUUGAUGAUUGUUCAAGGCGCUUCAACCAAAAUAGUCACCACAGGAAAAAAGCACGAGACCCAAAACUGAUACCUCCUGGCGCUGAAAGUGAUGUGGAUGGACACUCGUUCUUCAUGCUUGGCCCCCAUGACGAGCUAUUUUCUCACAUGAAUGGCGGCGAGAUGCGACAAUAUAACGCGCCGAGUCAGCACUCAUCGGAGAUAUCUCUAUCAAAUCUUGGACCCGGACGGUUGCCGUCGUCAUGCGGUAGUAUGAUACGCGAUUUCUGGCGCGAUGACCUCAAUGGGUGUAAAAAGGAGGAAGGGCAAGGUGAAAAAAGCCCGGAUCUUAAUAAGGCUGUUUCGUUUUGGUGAUAUGUAGUCUGCCUCAAAAGCAGGCUAGAAUAGCCUGAGAGUUCGUUCCGUUCCGUUUCGUUUCAUUUCCUUGUAUACUAGUAGAGAAUACUUGGAGAAUACUGGCUAACACUGUAGAGCCUCGGAGUUCUGCGGUUAUUUUACCAAGGUCCAAGGACAGUGUUAUGAAGCCAGUAUCAAGGGAAGACAUAUAUAUAUGUCGGUUAACAUUAUCAUAUUAUAGGGUGACAUUCGGUUUCUAGUUCCUCAUGCUCAUACGAGAAGAGGCGAAUGCGGAAUAUCAAUAUUAUUUUCGUUCCCGGACGGGCGAGAAUUGUUAAAUAGUUGCUGGAUUACUUAGCGCCUGAACAUCAUAGUCCACUUACCUAACUAUUGAAUUGCUUUUCCACUUGGACUGUGACUACGGAUGACUGGAACAUGGAAGUAAUUGUAGAACUAAAAGGAAAAGGAAAGUUGACUAUGGUGGUAGGUUUGACGUCAGUCGCUUCGGAUGGUAUUGUUGGAUGUGAUUGUUGGAUGUGAUUAUGGUCAGUGCAACCUUGGACUCUGUUUGAACUUUGAAGGUGUUUGAUUGGUGGAGAAUAAAGUGACGUUGGUAGAGCAACUUUUUAUCGGAUCUCGAUAAAACUCGAGGUCCACUACAUAUAGUUCGUACGUAAUGUUCCUUCCCGAUAGGAUCCAAGAUUUCGGGUUAG